UUUCAGCGGAACCAUUCUUCCUGCUGUCGGAGCUAAUUGUGUGCUGCACUUCUGUAUGUUUGGUAACCGUCUGUUUACCGCGAAGCUGCUCUGCUUAGGUAAACUCCUCAGGUGUGAUGCCGUUGCAUCGUUUGCUGCGUCCGUCCCUCUGCCACCCUCUGGCGGGCUGUGCCCGGGCGCUUCACUGCAGAUCUCAGUGGAUUCUGCGCUCUCAGGCUGAAAACCUGCUGCGGCGGCGGCCUCCGUCCCACCUGGUGACGCGGAAACAGAGCAGGAGGUCCAGGAGUCAGGAGGACGAGUGGAGGACCAGGAACAAGACGGUGCUGACGUACAUCGCUGCCGCCGGGGUGGGAAUGAUCGGCCUGUCGUACGCCGCUGUGCCGCUGUACCGCCUUUACUGCCAGGCCGCGGGGCUUGGUGGCACGGCUGUAGCCGGGCACGACACGGACCAGGUGGAGACGAUGACGCCGGUGAAGGAACGCGUCAUCAAGGUCACCUUCAACGCCGACACGCACGCCAGCAUCCAGUGGAACUUCAGACCCCAGCAGACGGAGAUUUACGUGGUUCCCGGUGAGACGGCGCUGGCUUUCUACAGAGCCAAGAACCCCACAGAUAAACCCAUCAUCGGCAUCUCCACCUACAACGUGGUUCCCUUUGAUGCAGGGCAGUACUUCAACAAGAUCCAGUGUUUCUGCUUCGAGGAGCAGCGCCUUAAUCCUCACGAGGAGGUCGACAUGCCCGUCUUCUUCUACAUCGACCCAGAGUUCGACGAUGACCCGCGGAUGGCUCGGGUGGACACCAUCACGCUGUCCUACACCUUCUUCGAGGCCAAGGAGGGUCAGAGGCUGCCGGUGCCCGGGUACAGCUACAACUGAAGCGGAGGCGGACCUACGCCGCUCUUUUAAUAAAAGGGUUUCAGUUCAAGCGGAAACAUGGCGCUCACUCUAAGAACUCAAGUUUUUUGGAACGUCUUUUAUUUUCUUACAUCGUUGCUCUGAGCUGCAUGUUCAGAUCCAGAACAGAGGUGGGCCCAGAGACCCGCCUCCGGUCCGGAGCUGGAAUCCAGGGUGAAUGACAGACUGGAGCCGCUGAUGGACUGACGGACUGCUGAGGAGCGAUAUUUAUUUGUAAUCACCCGUCUGGAAGCAGACCAAUAAAUCCUGAUCAUGCAUCUCUGACUCUGUGUUAAUAAAAAAAUAAAGUAUGUUUAUAGAAAUCA